AUUUACCUGAACGAUCUCGAUAUAUCGGAACAACAGUUAACAUUGGCCACUCGCAUAAUGGCACGAACCGAUAGAUCUCCCAGGGAAUUGGAAGUAUUGGGCGGACGCAAGUCACGUCAUGACGUGACCUGGCCCCGAAACGCGGAAUCCACCAACGGGCAAGGCUCUAGCAUUCAACCAACCGAGCUCGAAGGAGACAUUACGAGCAUUACUUCGCCUAUGCAGUCGUUGUCUGUACACUCGGAUGACCUUGGCAGCCAGUCCUCUCAGUCGUUGUCUCGGCAUACUAAACGUACUUACGGAGAGGCCGUGUCACGAGACGAUGAACCGGAUCCCCAACAGCGUGACUCUACGCCUGCCGGACAUCCCUCUCGUCUCGGUGAUACCACAGUAGGGAAGCAUCAACCCGACAUCUUGGAGACGAACAUCUUGUUCAAAGAGGAAACCUAUGAGACGGACGACGGGACCGAUCGCCUAUUCAGAAACUGCAGCCGCUGGUCUGACCGCAGCAAACGACGUAAAAGGUACAUCUCCCCAGGUCACGAGACUUCGUCGGCGACUCAUUUCUCGGCUGAUGAUCGGCACCACCGGGCACCUAAGAAAAGACCGCUCAACUCAGUAGCUUUUGCAGGGAUUCAUUCCGAUGAAGACGAGUGAAGAAUUUCAUUGGGUAUCACUUGCAUGUAUAACCGCUUGGCGACACGUAUAUCAUAUCAGAUACGUAAUGAUGACCGUUAUAGUCUCGUCGGCCUAGGAGUUCCUGAUCGGCUGAUCUCACAUUCGCGUCA